AUGAGGCUUAAGAUGAGGCAUCAACAAAGAAUGAGCACUGAUGAUAUAAAUGCUAGUUUUAAUCCUAUCGGCCUUGAUUAUAUCUUUGAAGAUGUUGAUCCACUAUCAGAAUGGCUUCAUGAGAAAGAGAAUCCAUUGUUAGAUGGUGAAAAUGUCGGUGUGUUGCCUGUGGAUACCUCUGAUGAUGAAAUGGAUGUUGAUCAAUCGCAACAACAAAUUUUGUCUCAUUCAAGUUCUAGUUCAACUCCAAGUCAGAGUGGCGAUGGACCCGAUGGUGGUGGUUUAAGUCCAAUUGAUGAGGAUGACGGAUAUAGUGGUGAUAGAGGUGAAAUUAGGUCUUCUAGUCAGUAUGGAGGAGAAUAUGGGGGUGGUACCACUGGUGGACAUUUUCGUGACAGAUUAGAGUUUGAUGGAAAUAUGUUUCCUGAACCUAGGAGAGAUAGAAGUGAACCUAGAGCUCCAUCAAAGGGAAAAGGCAAGAAGCAUACUUCUAUAGGCUCUUCAUCUGGUAGUGGUAGGAGAUCGAGUUCUAGUAACCUUGGGUAUAGUGAUUCAUCUACUAGCACUCAAGGUUUUUAUCCACCAGAACAACCUUCACAUGGUUAUCCACAACCAUAUGGUUAUUAUCCACCAUUUCCUAAUUAUGGUGUGCCAUACCAGCCUCAAAUGUAUCCUCCUCCACCAAUGUAUCACCCACCUCCACCUUUCAUGUAUCCUCCUCCUCAAAUAUAUCCUCCAUAUCAAUUGAAUGAAAACCAAGGUGAAAAUGUUGCUUUUUUUGGAUAUAUUUUUGGACAAAGGCCAAGAGAAUCAAGUCAAGAACGCUCCCAAAGUGAAGGUGAAGGAUUUGAUCUUCCUCGUCAUUCCACUAAUUGGUGA